AUGCCCUUUAGCCUCAAGCAAUCGCCACCCCCAUCUGAGCAACAACAGCCUGAGAACGCCGAUAGGAGAUGUCCAAAGCACGAAUGUCGAUGGAUCACCCGAGACAAGCGCAAUGUCAGGCUUUAUGACUGCCAGAACCGUGCAGAGAUACCUUGUCCUGCAUCGGACUAUCCUUGGACUCAGCCCAGCACUGGCCAUAUCAUACCAGCCUUGUCUAUGGAUAACUGGAAAAAGAGGCAGCAAGAUGACCACGACCUUUUAGCAGACGGAUCCAUCUCCUCCUCUGAAGAUGUAGAUGAAGUAGUAGAGGAAGACCCUCUCAACAAGGUAAAACUGACUCGUAGGAAGACGCGACAAGGAACAUGUUUCGCGGAGGGUGGCGAUGAUAUUGAAGAUGCGCAACCAGAGGAACCGGAGGAGAAGCGGAUGAGAAGGGAACCAGCCAACGCGGGAGAUCUGAAGUAUUUCCCAGAGGACUGUUUCCAAGACGGUGAUGGGAAGUGGUGGAAGCAUGUGUCUGGCGAAUAG